CAAGUCACAUGAGUUUCGGGUGUCCACCUGAAAAGGAUGAUGGGGGAUUCGUCCCAACCUCUCUCGUGAUCCUCAUUUCAACAUGGCGGACGAAGGAUGUCGUUCUGCAGUAUUGUUAAUUUGUGGAAUACCCGCUUCUGGAAAGUCGACAUUUGCCACAGAGUUACAACGGUACAUGCAGAAAACCAAAGGCGAUUCUGUACACACGAUAUAUGUGUGUUAUGAUGAUUUGAUUCCGUCCGAUUUGGAUGUACAUGGCAGUCCUAGAAGCGUUGCAAAACAACUUCAGAACGAUUUGGAAGAGAGGACCGAUGACAACAGUGUUGAAAAAGACGAGGGAUCGCCUUUCGGUGGUUCUAUAAACCCUUCCAAAUAUUCCUUAUGGAAACAAUUUAGGAAGCUUAUCCUCGAAGCGGUGGAUAAAAUUAUGAAUAUGAUAGAAAACAAUUUAAACAAAGAUGAAACAGACGGGCCAAAAACAGAAGUGGAAGAACUAGAGAUGAAAGGGUUGCCCACUUUUCAGGACUUUUGGAAAUUUUUUCUGAAAAGUAUAUCCAGGCAGGAAAGAAAGUGCUCUUGUAUUGCUUCGAAUGACUGGAGGUGGAAUGGUUGUCCUCAUGUUAUAUUAGUGGAUGAUAACAUGUUUUAUCACAGCAUGCGGUACGAGUAUGUCCAAAUGGCAAGAAAAUACAGUGCUGGUUUUGCAGAAGUGUUCUUGGAAUGUUCACUUGAAAUUGCCGAGGCACGAAACAGCUUAAGGAGCCAUCCAGUUGCCUCAAACACCAUGAGGAAUAUGUUAAGUAAAAUGGAACCCCCAGAACCUGACAAGUUUCCUUGGGAACAGUACAGUCUUACUAUAAAAGCUGAAGAAGAACUGGAUGUUGAAAUAAUGGAAAGUGUCGCCCGUCUUGCUACUGAAGUUCUAACGCACCCAAUGCUUCAGGCUGUUGAAGACAUUGAAGAGAAGGAGAGGUCUAGAGCAGCUUGCAUUACAAGUAUAGUGCACCAGGCUGAUCAAGUUCUUAGAAAGUAUAUAGCUAAGCUCAUUUCUGAGGCAAAAGGUAGCGGAAAAGCAAAGAAAGAACUUCAGUCUAUAGCAAGCCAGUUGAACAGGGAUAAAAAAGUCUUUCUGGAAAGCCUACACAAUAUCACGAGCAACUCUGAAUGCAGCAGCAAAAUGCACAGCAAUAGUACAGAUUCAACAGUAAACAAGACAUUUGAAGGGGUUAUUUCAACAAGUGACAGUUUUACUGAAAGACAACCAAACGAACAUUCAAAGAAAUCACCCUAUUUGACUGUUGUUCACAAUGACAGUGCCAGCGUCGGAGAAAAUGAUGUAAAGGGCUGUUUUGUGAACUUCAUGGUCAAAGAUGUACAUUCUGCUACUUCCAUAUCACACCUAUGUCUUCAAUGUUUUCCAAAUGUUGAGGACAAAGCAGAAUUUAAGUCAUUUGUAGAAGAACUGUUUAAGGGCACUGUUCAUGUAUAGGCACAAGUUAAAAAUAAAUUGAGAUCAACAAAGCAAUAUGAAAUUACGACAUAAACAACAUUGUCAAGUCAUUUUAAAACUCUGUUUUAAAGAAAAUGCUUUGUUUCCAAAUGUUGAGGACAAAGCAGAAUUUAAGUCAUUUGUAUAAGAACUGUUUAAGGGCACUGUUCACGUAUAGGCACAAGUCAAAAAUAAAUUGAGAUCAACAAAGCAAUAUGAAAUUAAGAUGUAAACAACAUUGUCAAGUAAUUUUAAAACUCUGUUUUAAAGAAAAUGCUUUGCCCUUGUAGGUUUUAUUAGUCAUUGCAAAAACUGAACUCCUGCUAAUAAAAAGACAUUUCUCAGAUCACACCUGUUUUUCUUGGUUUCUUAUUUAUACUCUGACAGCAACUUUUAAACAACAACAUAACAAUGCUUAGUUAGAAGUUAAUAAUUAAUGCAAAAUUUGUGCUAACCACAAACUGGGAGCCUUAGCAACAACUUUCUAUAGUUAACAGUUUCAUCCCCAUAACCAUUGUGAUGUCAGUCACAGAACACUAAAAGUCAAUGGAUGUCGUUCUAACUUGCAAGUCUGACCCAUCAAACUUAGAAUUCUAACUUAAACUUUAAAUUAUUUUUUUGUUGAAAACCUGUAUGAAUAAUCAUUAUUCAAUAAA